AUGAUACAGAAAUCUGACCUUACGGGAUUCAAGGUGGCCGGUCUGGAGAAACCGAUUAAAGUGACACUUUUCGCUGACAAUACGACAAUAUAUCUGUCAGAUGAGGAUGAUUUUGACGUACUACAAAAAAUCUUGGACACUUGGUGUUCUGCGGCGAAAGCAAAGUUCAACAUCUUGAAAACAGAGAUCAUACCAAUAGGAGAACGCUCCUAUAGAGAGGAGAUGGCCAAAACCUAUAAGGAGACAGGGAGAUGGAGGUCAUACCCCAAGCUUGUACACAUGGUAGGGGAAGGUGACGCCAUCAGAAUACUCGGAGUAUUCUUCGGCAAUGACAUCGACCAACUCGCCAUAUGGUCUCCCAGUAUUGCGAAAGUUGCAGCUGCAAUUGAAUGCUGGCAGAAGGGAAACGCUACACUUGACGGAAAGAGGCACGUCAUACAAAUGGCGGUAGCUGGUAUGACGCAGUAUCUCACGGACGUACAGAGAAUGCCUGACCAGGUGGUGAAGAGGCUAGAGAAAAUAAUCCGAGACUACCUGUGGGAUGGGAAAGCAGUCCCACCAAUAGCGAAGGAGUACCCAAGGCUACCAAUUGAUGAUGGAGGCCUGAAUAUAAUCGACAUCAGUGCCAGAAACGAGGCAAUCGAUGUCAUGUGGCUCAAAAUGUAUCUAAACUUCGCAAGCGACAGACCGCAAUGGGCAUACAUCGCCGAUGAUAUCCUUGCGACAAACGAUCAACACAUUCAUUCAGAACUGGGACCCAAAGAAGAAGUUGGCUCAUAA